AUGGACUCUGCAAUUGAGAGCCUGCUCGACACCCUCGUCGACGGGCGCGCCGAGGGCAUUCGAUUUCGUCAGGACAACCUUCUCAGCCUUCACAACGAGCUGCGCAAAGAAUCCUCGGCCCUCACCGCAGCCCAGGAGGCAGACACGGAUGCUUCCAAGGCGGAGAUUGAGGCAGAGCAUUUUCUGGCACUCGAGGCUGUAAGGCACUUUUACGGGUCGCUCGACUUUGAAAAGGAGCUUGAGACGGAGUAUCUCGUGGCUCACGGCAAGGAUAACGCGAGCAGGAGAACCGGUGCCGGGCUGGUGAUUAUCAGACCGACCACUCACACCCGACUCUUCUCCAUCUUGUGUCCCCUUGCAGCGGCUCUGGCUGCUGGGUCCGUCGUAGCCCUUGAGCUCGAGGACUCUCUUUUGCAACUCGAUACGGUCCUCCGUGACGUCCUCCCCCGCGCCCUCAACCAAAACGCAUUUUGCGUCACCAAGAAGAUCACAGAUGCAGAUCUCCUUGAGCAAGCCAUCCUCGUAGACCAGACCAAUAGAUCCCCACUCCCUGCAGUCCGCGCAAACAACCUCGUUUCGGCCAACGCCGCCCGUACCGUCGCCGUCGUCGACCGGACGGCUGACGUUGAGGUCGCCGCCAAGGCCAUCACAGCUGCGCGCUUCGGCUUCAGCGGUCAGUCGCCCUACGCGCCCGACCUAGUUCUUGUCAAUGAGUUUGUCAAGAAAGACUUCUUCGAGGCAUGCUCCAAACACGCGACGCUCGCGUUCGCGCGGGAGACCACUGUCAGACGCACGAGUGAAAAUUCGAGCGACGAGAUAAGAAGGGUUAUCCAGGAGGCCGAGGACCAAAGGUUGGUCUCGAGCUUUGGAUCCAAGGAUUUCAAGCUGGUCGACAUUAAGAAUAAGAGCGCUUCGCUAUUGGAUAUCAAGAUCAGCGGCCGCUUCUUGCCCAUCGCAACAUCCUCUGGACUUGUAGAUUCCAUCUACACCCGAGAGUUCGAGAACCCGCUACUGGCUGCCUACUUAUUCGCCGGCCCCGAGGAGGCGAAGUACCUCGCCCAACACCUGCCCGCACACAUCUCCUUUGUCAACCAAAUCCCAUCCAGCCUCCUCCUCGGACCCGCGGCGCCAAUCUCGCACGAACCGGUCUUUGCCUUCCGCUACAGCAAGGACAUGUUCUCCGUUGCCCGGCCGCAGUUCAUCGAGCGGCCCGCUGGCGCGUUCGAAAAGGUCGAACAGCUUCUCACCGGCUCCGGCGUCGUGACGGCACAGAACCUGCACGUGCUGGCCCUCACGCCACUGCAGCCAACGAAGCAGCCCGGGAACAGUAGUUUGGGAUUCUUCGAGCGAGGGUUCUUGCUGAGUGCUAGUCUAGUCAUGAGCAUCCUGCUACCUAGCCUUGCGUACGGGACCUGGAUCGGCGGACGGAGGAUGUUUGACUAUGCGUUGAAACUCAGGGGCUGA